UCAUGAGGUUCAUUCUUACAUUUCUAGGGCUCCUUUUUACACCUCUGGGGCGUGUCCUCGUACAUUCCUUUGACAGAAGUGACAAAGUAUUUCGAGUGAAACUUGAGAAUGAAAAUCAACUAAAUGUCUUGAAGGACCUGGCCUCUACAAUACAGCUUGACUUUUGGCAUCCUCAUUCAGUUCAACAUGUUCUUAUUGGGAAAAAUGUGGAUUUCAGAGUGAGUUCAGAUCAGACAAACUUUGUUCAAAAGAUCCUGGAGCAAAAUCAAAUCCAAAACAGAAUUGUAUUCCACAACCUACAAGAUGAAAUUGAGAAACAGUUGGAUGGAGGGAAACAUCUCCGUAAGAAACAUUUCUACACAAGAUAUAAUGAAUGGGAAAAGAUCGCUGCAUGGACUAGACGAAUGGCUAAAAAACAUGCCAAACUGAUCUCCAGGAUUGAGAUUGGAAAGACUUAUGAGGAGCGGCCUAUGUAUGUCCUUAAGGUUGGGAAACAAAGUAACCCAAAGAAAGCUAUAUUUAUGGAUUGUGGUAUUCAUGCACGAGAGUGGAUCUCACCAGCCUUUUGCCAAUGGUUUGUAAAGGAGGCUGUCACGACUUAUGGAAGAGACAAGGACAUGACACUACUCUUAGACAACAUAAAUUUCUAUGUUCUCCCAGUGUUCAACGUUGAUGGUUAUGUCUGGACAUGGACAAAAGAUCGCAUGUGGAGAAAGAACCGUUCCAAUAACUCUAACAGUGAUUGCAUCGGCACUGACCUGAAUAGGAAUUUCAAUGCUGCUUGGGGCUCAGACAAAUACAAGAAUCUCAUGACCCUUGUGAACCGAUAUACUGUGGUUCCUCAGCUGAAUCUGAGCCAGAAACAAAGGCAGUCACAACCUUUAUUCGUGCACACCUUGCUUCUAUCAUUCACCCCAUUUUGUGUCAUUAAAAACAACCCCCCCAAAGCAGAAAAACAAAGAAAACAAUUAAAAACUGUUUUCAAUGCAUUGAAAACCAUUAAAACAACAGCAAUUAGAAAUUAUCUGAUCAUCACACAGAAGAAUAAAAAUGUCAGAGAUGAAGGGCAGCAAAGAGAAAGGACCAUGAUGCCCCUUUUGGCUCUGGAUGUGAUGACCAUUACUUGUGUUUUCAUUUCUGCUGUACGAUUUGACAGUGCAAAGGUUUUUCGUGUGAAACCACAAAAUGAAAAGGAAGUAAACAUCAUGAAAUCCUUGCCAAGCCUCAUAAAGAUUGAUUUUUGGUACCCAGAUUCGGCACUGCAUAUAGUCAAACAGAUGGAAGUAGAUUUCCAUGUCAGUGCUGCGCAGAGUAAAAUUGUUGAAAGACUCUUGAAACAGAAUGGCAUACCUUAUCAAAUAGUAUUUGACAACCUACAAGAAGACAUUGAAAAGCAGCUUGAUGGUGACAAGAACGAUGGGCAUAGCUAUGAAAAAUAUAACGAAUGGGACAAGAUUUCUGAUUGGACUGCCAGAAUUGCAAAAAGCAACCCAACAUUGGUUUCCCGUAUCCAGAUUGGAAAGACAUUUGAAAAUCGAUCCAUCUUCCUUCUUCAGAUUGGAAAGAAAAGUGGAGAAGGAAAGACCAUCUUCAUGGAUUGUGGUGUUCACGCACGAGAGUGGAUUUCGCCUGCCUUUUGUCAGUGGUUUGUGAAAGAGGCCAUCAGCACCUAUGGGAAAGACAGGGACAUGACGUACAUAUUGGAUAACAUGAAUUUCUACAUCGUCCCUAUAAUCAAUAUAGAUGGCUAUGUCUGGAGCUGGACUCAGCAGAAUCGUUUCUGGAGAAAGAACCGUUCUAAUGCAUCCCGGAGUAACUGCAUUGGUGUUGACAUCAAUAGGAACUUUGAUGUUGCAUGGAGUACUGCUGAUUCUUCCAGAAAUCCCUGUGAAGAAACAUAUUGUGGAUCUGCACCAGAAUCUGAACCAGAAACUAAAGCAGUUGCCUCAUUCAUCCGCAGCCAUCUUUCUUCAAUCAAGGGCUACCUCACCAUGCAUUCCUACUCUCAGAUGAUAUUGUUCCCUUUCGGUUAUACCUAUGAGAAGACAGCAAAUUAUAAAGAAUUGAAUGAACUUGCAAAAAGAGCUGUCAAAGCUAUAGCCAGCCUGUAUGGUAAAGAGUAUAAUUAUGGAACAUCAGCAUCUACUAUCUAUCUUUCCUCCGGUUGUUCCGAUGACUGGGUAUUCAACCAGGGAAUCAAUUAUUCCUUCACCUUUGAGCUUCGUGAUAAAGGCAAAUAUGGAUUCCUUCUCCCUGAAUCCCAGAUCAAACCAACUUGCCAGGAGAUAAUGCUAGCAGUCAAGUUAAUUGCCAGUUACAUCCUCAACAAGACUUUAUAAUUUGGACAAAUGCUUUUGGAUGCAUUAUAGAUGUUUGGAAAGUAAUAAAUCAUCAUUUAUUACAUCAGAAAUAUUUGUUUUGAAUUUAAAAGCUCUUUUGGGAUCUGUGGUGCCAAGUCAAUUCAAAAGAAGGCAUUUCAGCUUCUUCCAUUUCAAGCAUAAAAUAUAAUUUCAUAAAUAUUCUUGCAAACUUGUUUCUAAUUAUGAGACAGCAGACGGACAUUCCAGAAAAGAGAUGACUUUAUAUUUGUAUUCAAUAACUAUACAAAUUCUUAAUUAAAGGAAUUGUAUCAUUUUGGUUACUGAAAGAUGUACCAGUUAACUUGAAUUAAAGGAGCUAUGGCCUUGAUGGCAAACCUAUGGCAUGUGUGCUGAAAGUGGCACGCAAAGCCAUCUCUCCCAGCACGCAAGCCAUUGCCCAUUGCUCUUGCGGGCAUGUGCACGCCGGGAAGAUGAUCCUCCGGUUUCCGGUGUGCGCAUGACACCAGGCAGCUGUUCUUCUGGUUUCUGGCACGUACAUGCGCAGUGGCCAGCUGUCCUUGUGCACAUAUGUGGGACAGAAACUGGAAGACCAAGUGGCCAGUGCGCAUACGCAUUUUGAAAACUGGAAGAUCAUCUUCCCAGGGUGUGCAUGCACACUGGGCAGCUGCUCUUCCAGUUUCCGGAACAUGCGUGUGCACACUCCCGUUUCAGCAUUCUGUGCCAAAAAGGUUUGUCAAUACUGGGCUACAGUAUAUAUUUUCUUAAAAUUAAAUAGAUCCAUAAAGGGAUUUUGUUUUGUUUUUUAUUAUUGUUUUGAAUGAAAGACAAAUGGAAUACCCAGUCCCUCAUUAGAAAUUAAAAUGAAGGGAAGCUAUCGUAUAAUUUUUAUUAGAUGUACAUGGCCAAAUAAUAUUUUCACAUCUUGUGCGUCCCUUAGAUUAAGUGGAUAUUAAGUAGAAGAAGCCACUUAAUAUUCAACCUGGAAAUAAGGAGAAAUUUUCUGACAGUGAGAACAAUCAAUG